UCCAGCUCCGGCUCCAGCUCCGGCUUUGGUGAUUUGUUUGGCGGGGGCUCUGGAUCCGACUCCAGCUCUGGCACCAGCUCUGCCUCUGGCGCUGCGUCGACCCCGUCGUCGACCUCGACCACCACUUCCGCCCAGGGAACGGAUGCCCUGGGCGACUUUAGUAACCUUCUCGGCGGUUCUUCCUCGUCUGUCGGCGGAAGCACCGAAAACGGCGUCACCGACAACAACGGAUGCCAGCCUUUGACCUUCAUCUUCGCCCGCGGCACCACCGAAAUGGGCAACAUGGGCUCUGUCGUCGGACCACCCGUCGCGAAGCAACUAGCCUCCCAGACCAACAAUAAGGUCACCGUGCAGGGUGUGGACUACCCCGCUGAUGCUGCUGGCAACGUCUCCAUGGGCUCCUCCGGCGGCCCCAAAAUGGCCUCUCUCGUCAAACAAGCUCUAAAGCAAUGCCCCAAAACCAAAGUCGUGCUAGGCGGCUACUCGCAAGGCAGCAUGGUCGUGCACAACGCCGCCAACAGUCUGUCCGCGGACCAGAUCUCCGCAGCUGUGCUGUUCGGAGACCCGUUCAAGGCGCAAAGUGUGGGGAAGUUGGAUGAUAGUAAGAGGAAGGAGUACUGUGCGCAGGGGGAUCCGGUUUGUUUGAAUGGGGGGAAUGUUAUGGCGCAUUUGAGCUAUGGGGAUGAUGCGGAGGAGGCGGCGAAGUUUUUGGUGGAUGCUUCUGGUGUGAGCACUUCUUAGGUUGGAGUCUUGUAUAUACUUCGUUGAGGUUAGAGAAAUUGAGGGAGUAAGAUGAGUG